ACAAAGCCUCAUUAUCCGCGUUACAUGCUGUCGCUUAGCAGCAAAGAAAACUAACUGAGCUUUUCUGAGAGACACGCCUGCACGAUUUGUGCUGAUUUGGAUCUUUUAUCAUCUCUUCCUGAAGGGAUACCUUAGUUUUUAGAGGUCCUCCAGGUGGUAAUGGGAUGUGCACUUAGCUGCUCAGAGUUGGAAAACAUUACCGAUCAGAAAAGGGAAGUAGAGAAACAGCUACGAGCAAGCCAGCUAUGGGCUGAUACACUUGAAAUGCAGAUUGACAGCAAAGUGAGAGAGCUUAGUAUGCGAAGAAUAGAUGUUGAAAUGGAACAAGACAAAAACAGAAGUCUGGCCAAGAAAAUCUCGUACAUGGAACGAGAGAAUGAAAUGCUGAGGAAGAUGCUCAAACAUUCUGAGCAGGAGGGAGAAAAGUUCAGAACAGAACUGAUAAAAACCACCACGGAAUUAAGAACCCUGCGCAAAGAACUCCACAAAGCUACUUCCGAUAUCGAGGCUCGCAUCACCAAGGGUAUCUCAUAUAAAUCCAUCACCACAGGGAACCCAAAUGACGAAGCGACACCUGUUGAGAUCUUGCCGCAGAUCCCGGAUGUUCUUGUUAGGACUACGACUGUAUGACCAUUAGCAUAAAGUCUAUAUAAUGUUAUUUUUUAAUUGAAAACUAAAGGUAGGGGAAAUCAGCCUCGUUCCCAGGCGUCUUAGCGGUGCGGCCACAUUUUUUAUGACGUCACCUUUUGAUUUCCCACUUUCAGGGUAUAAGAUUUCGACCAACUGCCAUCCCUUAGGGGGUGAUGAAGGAUUUUUCCGAUUAUGCUAUCUCUUUGGGUAAAAUUUGACCAACUGCUAUUCCUAAGGAGAUGUUUAACGUAUUUUUUUUUCGACUCUGCUAUCUCUUAGGGCUAUAAAUUUCUUCGACUACACCCAAUUUGCCAUAUCUUUAAUAGGGGUAAGAAUUUCUGCUGACAACGCCCAAAAAGUGCCAUCCCUUAGGGUUAAAAUCUAUUUUGCCUACAAUAACCCCGUCUGUUUUUAUCGGAGUCAAAGCAUUUUUGUAUUUUUAGCCAAACCUUUUUGUAUUUAGCUCGACUGGACUCUACAAACAUCUUUUGCUGGAUCCUGUUCAAAAUCCUGAUUUCUAGCCUUUUCUUAAAACGUCAUCGCUAAAAGCAGCAUAGAUCUAUUGUAGGGCUUAGAUAACGAUAACAUAGUUGGCUUAGUACCAGCCCCUCCCCCAUUCCUUCCUUAGGUUUUAUGAAAUAAACUUCAGCUUACUGAAAAUCGGCGUAAUCUACUAAACAACAAGUAUUUCGUAGCUUUUGGUUUACAUCAUUGAUCGAUCACAGACUAGUACCCACUCUCUAGAAUGGAGGGGCGAGGCGCGCACCAAAAUACCCUGUCCGUCCCAGGCCCUUUGAGCGCUGCCUCAUUAAUCUUUGGGUCUUUGCCAUCAAAGUCAACACGCAACGUUUUGCAAAAAGUUUUUUAAUGUUCAAUGCCUCCACUAAAUUUUACGACUAGAUGUUUAAUCAACGCAGUAUAGAUUUGAUCAAGCCUGUAAUUUUAGAUUCAUAUUUUAGAUUUUUAGAUUUUUAAAGUUUUUGACUAUUGUAAAAUAACGUAAUUCAACCUUCGGGUUGCAAAGUUUUUGAAUAAACCUAUCUAUCUAUCUA